AUGUUGAAGUUGUGUUGCAUCUACGGUAGAAUCUGGUACCGCCUGGGGGAAGGGGUGGAGCUGACGCUGGGCGAACUGCGCGCAAUGGCCCUCCGACAGCAGCAGCAGAUCGACACCCAACACCAGCUGCUCUGCGCCAAGGAGCAGCGGUUGCGGUACCUCAAGCAGCAGGAGGCGAGACAACACCAGGUGGCGGUAGAAGGGGAGCGACUACGUAGGUUACGCGAGCGUGUCGAAGCUCAGGAACAGAAGUUAAGGAGACUCCGGGCUCUUAGAGGCCAGCUGGACCGAAACAAGCAAGCGAAUAUUGCUCUUAACAGUGACCUGGAGUCAAUACGCGCAUUGUUCAAUGAGAAGGAGAAAGAGCUAUCGGUGGCGGUGGCAAAGGUUGAAGAGCUGACGCGGCAAUUGGAAGAACUGCGAAGAGGAAGGGUGCAACCUGCACCACCAUCUGCCCAGGAGCUCGAUAAACUACGUCGGGAGCUUAUGUAUCGCAAUAAGCUGAACGAGCAACAGAACGGCAGGCUGUCAGCCCAGCGGGCGGCACUGGGUGCCCGGCAGGAAGAGAUGCGUAGCAUCGACCGACGCGUCUCCGAGCUGCAGGCACGCCUCUUGAGGAAACGGGCCCUCAAUAGGCAGUUGGCUGCUGCACACCGACAACCCCAACAGCAGCAAAGAACCAACAACCCAACACCAAUGCAACAAUUACCCAAUUAUCCAGCUGCAGCCGCGAUAAAUAGUCAACCAAAGAAUCAACAGGCGCGGGGUAAUGUUGCUGCCGUCGAACCUUAUAAUCAUGUUCCGCAUGCGCAGAGCCUAAGCAAUAAUACAAAUUUCCAGGCUUUGAAGCAGAACGUAAUACAAAACAACGUGCCAUUAAAGCAGCUCACACAGAGCGACAACAUACAAAGUCAUCUCACGCAGCAAGAGGCUCACUACUUACACCAAAAACAAUUGAUGAAUCCACUUUUUAACGGCAACUAUCCUCAUGUAGCGGUCGGACAGGACAAUCAAUAUCCGCAACAAGGGCAACUUCAAAAUAAACAUGAAGUAAACAAUUUCAUUCAACAAAACGUCACCAGUGCAUACGAUCAAAAAACCAUAUUCGACCACCUGAACAAAUACGCUGAAUAUCCAAAACAACCACAAUACAGUCCUAACAGUACCAGUAGUUCAAAUAGUAACCAAACAGGUAAAGAAAUAAAAAUAAAUGAACAAGAAUUCCCACCAGAAUUUGCUGCAAGUAAAUCUGAUCCAAAAUAUCAAACUUUGCCCUAUAACACCAAAUUUCCACUAAGCGGAAACGGUAAAAUAAAACAAACAGAAAUAAACGGUAAAGCAAUCGAUGUACAAGACGCCAAAAAUCAAAAUCAACAGAAUGCAGCCAAUAUAAAUCAUAUGACGGUACAUUCGACACCAUUGUCGGUUGUUAACAAAAGUCUGGCCACGCCUUUAAGUCAAACUGAAGCGACAUAUCAACAAGAACAUACAUAUCCAUUGCAAAAAUCUGAUUCUUCUAGUAGGUGUAACCAGGAAGGGAAAGAAAAUCACGCAUAUCCUCAAAACUCUAGGUUAAGUCAGAAUAAUAGUCAAAACAAUGAAAGCUCAAAAGCCAACCUUGGAAAGAGUCAACAGGGUAACCUGGUAAAGGGCAGCUCUCCGAAUUCGUUAUCCAGCACAACAGCCAGCAGUUCUAUAGGGUUCGGGAUUGUUAGAAACACGGCGUCAGGACUGUCAACUAGUACGGGGAGUUCCAACUUCAGCGGACAGAAUGCGUCAUCACAAAGCAUCUUGUUGUCUCCACCGCAAAGUGCUAGUACGCCAUUAUCUACACCCGAUGUCAGCGGUACAGACAAAUCUCCUAAGCCAGCACUACCUCCAAAACCUACUAUCAAGACUCCACCGAGACAAUCUGCUAAUAAUGAUCAAACUACGGAGAACACCAUCAAUAUGCCGACAAUACUCGGACAAGAAUCAUUGAACGAGGGCGAAACGCAGCAGAUCCAAAAAGAAACCACCAACGUUAGCAGCGGUAACGAAAUGAUCAUCAAAGCACGUCCAUUGACUAUCAGGAAGCCUCCUUUAAGCGAACAGCCUAAACUAAGAAACCUCAAUAACACUAAGAAUGGCAUCAGCGUCAGUAUAAAUCGACGCAUAGAAAUGCCACCAGCGUUUUUGUUCCCCGAAAUGGAUCAUUUAACCCUGGAUAACUCUGAAAUGCAAAAUGGCCUAAAAGACAAGACGAAACAGAAAGACGAAGUCGACAGAUCUCUAAACAAUAACAUAUCUUUAAGUUCGAGUGAAAGACAAGAGGACAGUAAAGAUAACGGCGUAUCGGAUAUAGCGGAACAAAUAAGCUCGGUUGAUUUGAACGGUCAGGAUUCUCAGAGAACUGAGAAUGUGCUGAGGCGAUCAAAGAAAGGAAAUCUCAAGCAAGGAGGCAAGGCUCCGCUCACAAGGCGAGUGAGUUUCGACCCUCUUGCACUCUUGUUAGACGCCAGUUUAGAAGGUGAAUUGGAACUGGUGAAGAAAACGGCAACUCAGGUGCAAAAUGCAAGCGCUGCAAACGACGAAGGUAUAACUGCUCUUCACAAUGCCAUCUGUGCAGGCCAUUUCGAAAUAGUCAAAUUCUUAGUGGAGCUCGGUUGCGAUGUGAACGCACAGGACUCAGACGGUUGGACACCUCUACACUGUGCUGCAUCUUGCAAUAACCUCCCAAUGGUGCGUUUCCUCGUCGAUAAUGGCGCUUGCAUAUUUGCAACAACCCUGUCGGACCAUGAAACAGCAGCGGAGAAAUGUGAAGAAGAUGAAGAAGGCUUUGACGGAUGUUCAGAAUAUUUAUACAGUGUCCAAGAGAAGCUGGGUAUAAUGAACAACGGGCUGGUGUACGCGGUGUUUUCGUACGCGGCGGCGCGCAGCGACGAGCUGUCGUUCGAGUCGGGCGCGCGGCUGCAGGUGGUGCGCAAGGGCGACGACAACGAGCGCGAGUGGUGGUGGUGCCGUGACGACGCGGGGCGUGAGGGCUACGUGCCACGAAACCUUCUCGGGACCGUUGCAGGGGUGCGCAAGGGCGAUGACAACGAGCGCGAGUGGUGGUGGUGCCGUGACGACGUGGGGCGUGAGGGCUACGUGCCACGAAACCUUCUCGGGUUAUAUCCAAGGGUAACACCUCAGCAAGAUUAA